AUGCGGGCGGGAGAUCAGCGGCGCUACCACGACAUUUUACGUCGUGAGGCCAGGCCGCAGACGAGCAAACUCUGCCGCGGGUCGGCGCCCGUUGCCGCGCAGCUGAGCGGCGCCUCUCUUGUGUGCGACCCGCUGGCCGAGCUGAACAUUCCCUCGACAGCGGUGCCGGAAGUGGUCGAGUACGUCUGCGACCGCCGCGGCUUCACCUCACUGCACCCCAACUUUCUUCGCUUCGAGCACCUGCGCUGCAUCGUCUUGGAGCACAACGCACUCGAAACCCUCCAUAAUCUGCUCUUGCCACCAUCCACGCUCGGUGCAUCCUCGCCCGCCUCGACCGUAACCGCCGCUGAUGGACUCCCCCCUCUCCCUCCACCGCCUCCCCUUUACCGCGGAUGUCGGCAGCUGACUCACCUCCACGCCGCGUACAACCGCAUCAGCGACAUUGCGGGCGACACUGACAUCCCGCGCCUCUUCCUCCUGGAGCACCUGUCGCUGGCGCACAAUCAGCUGACAGGCCUCAGCAAGGUGCUGGAUGCGCUUAAGCGGCUGCGAAACCUUCGCUUUCUGGACCUGCGCGGGAACCCGGUCACGGGAGAGCCGCGAUACCGCGAGCGAUGUAUAGCGGCGCUCCCCCAGGUGGAGGUGCUUGAUCGCCAGUCCGUCACACCAAAGGAGCGCAAGGAGGCAGCGGCACCGGUGCGGUGGAACGGGCGCACACACGAGAGCCGUUUGUGCAGCACCGCCACUUCCACUGCCACUGCAGUGAGCGGUUCUCGGCCACGAAGCUCGCCGAGUUGCACGAGAGGGCUGCGAGCGGCGGGCGACCCCUUUUCCAAGUCUCUCACGGCGAAGGACUUGGAGCGCGCCUACGCGGCGUACCUUCGCCAACAGCAGCAAGCACAGGAAGCGGCAGCGCAGAGCACCGUUGCUGCCUGGCGACAGCAAGCGGAAAUAUGGGAGUCUUUUCACGCUGUCUGGACACUCUCGCAGCCGGGCAUGCCGCUCUCCGCUGAUGGCUGGCAACGGACACAGAUGGCAGCGGCGGCGGCGGCGUCGGAAAGUGCCGAGGGAACCGGGGAAAGGCCAGAGACGCAGAGCACCUUCCUUGUCUCUGCCCCUGGCUUUCGAGUGCCGGUAUUCGGCUCCGCCGGUCCCUCACCCCCGUCAUCGCCGCUGCACGCGGGCCGCAAGCAGAUCAAGACACCGUCCGUCUCGCCUGCAGCGACGACUAUCACGGCAGCGCCGGCACCGACACACGUGAGUGUCGGCAACGGCACAGCGGCGCUGAACGUGACGAUCGACGUCCUGCUUGAUCGCCCUCUCUUUCCCUCGUGUGCCGAGACGGCCGGCACGCCCGAGUCAGCCACCUUGCAGCCCGCAGCAGCGUCCACCAGAUCAGGCCCCCUCCCCUCAGCCGCAACCGCUACCCCACUGCUGCCCUCGGUACACAAUAGUUUGUAUUUUCGUGCCGUCCGAGGCGCCUCGGCGACAUCGUGCAAGGGCACGCCGCCACUCCUGCCUACCGAGACCUCUCCACCUGCAGUAAGCCAGCUGCUUCCUGUGGAGGGGCUGGCGCCUGAUCGACUCACCACGCUGCAGCGUACCCUGGAGGCCUCCGCUCAGGUUGUCCGCGUCGCAACCGCACGGCAGGGCUCGCUGGGGGCACUGAAGAAGCUGUCCGUUGUGCAGGAGCGUGUAGGGUCAGGGCGGCGUAAUGUCGCGCCAUCGCCGCCGCCGCCCACUGUCGCUGCCGCCACCAGCAUUCCCGUUGAGUUCAGCACUUUGCGUACCAUUCAAGAAACCAAGUAUGCCGUCAUUCCGCCGCCGUGGGAAGACGCGAAGGCGCGCGCUGCGGUUAGUGGUGCCAAGGAAGCCGUCGCCAGGUCGCCGCGAGCCGUUGUGGCUUCACUGGGCGCCACCGGAGCCUCAGAAACGACCCCCUUCCGCAUCGGUGUGGUCUCGCCCGCCACAACUCAGCAGGAGGCGCUCACGGAGAUUCUGGUGCUGCUGCACGACGUCUACUCCUUGAAGGAACUCCAGGCGCUGGAGGGCGAGUACGGUGGCGCUGAGCUACUACGCCUGCUGCCGCUGCGCGAGUGGUCCGCCCUCGGGAGCGAAAGCGGAGCCGGCGAGGUCGUGAGCACCGCCGUGGCGGCGAGGCAGGCCAUGACAGUCUUGUCGCAUCCCGACAGCGUCGGAAACGCCGCAGGCGGCGGUGGCGGUAACGUUCGCGGCCCUGCCUCCCAGCACGACCGAAAAUGCUUUGCCGCGUCCAAGGGAACUGCACACAGAGGCAAUACUAGGGCCGGCUCGGCGGGCUCGGCGGCCGCGCGUGGUGGCGGCGCCGACGCCGUCGGAGGAGUGCCAACCGUGGCCGCUGCCCUGGACGCUGCGCGAGCGGCGCUGCAUAGGGAGCCACAGCUGGUGUGGCAGCUUCUCACGGGCCCCUACAUGGUGGCAGGAGCGACGGCUGGAGGAAACUCCGGCGUCGUAGUGGCCCUUGGCAAGAGCAGCGAGGACGCCGGCGGGUCGGUCAGCCUCAUCCGCAAGAACAGUAGCAGCAGCGCCGCCAGCACGGCACCCCCUACGGAGGCCGUAAUCAGCAGCAGUGCGGGAGCCAGAGCCAACGCUGCAGCCGCCUCCGCCCCUCCAGUUUCCCUGCAGGACCCCGAGGCAGUGCAGCACCUUGUGCGGCCGAUCGGCCCGUACGCAUCGCACGUGCUGGGCCCGUUGCUGACGCUGCUGCGGGCGCCUGUGGCCGAGGAGGGCGUGGAGUCGAUGUGCGACGCUCUCGCGGCGCACCACGCCGUGCACGAGAGAACCAUUGCAGCGGCGUCGAUGUUGAAGGCCACCGCCGCAGAGCUUCAGCCUCGCUCCUCUAGCGUCGGGCCCAGGAGCAAGAAGGAGUCGCUACUGGUGACGGAGGAGAACGGCAGCGCCGAGGCGAAGAGCAGGAAGUCUUCCAGGGGUGCAGCACCGGCCUUCCUCCCCGACGGCGGGGCUUCCACGUCACUUUUGCCUGUGUCCUCUGCAGCGGGCCCCCAAACACGCUCCUCAGCGAAAGCCGCGCAGCUGCUCGUGCAGCAGCAUUCACGGCAGUGGGUCGCUACACAGCUCACCCUCACCGCGGUGCUGACCGCACUUCUCUUCUCGCCGGCUUUUGUGCGCUCGCGCGUCGCCUACCUGGAGGAAAAGCUGGCGCGUGCGACGUCGGCGACGGCGGCCGCCAGCGUCAUAACCACUGCCGAUCAUGCAGGUCAGAAGGGCGGCGGUGCUGCGGCAACACUGCCCCUCCUCUUUCACCGCGUGCAGGCAGUGAAAAUGCACGCUGCGCGUGUCGAGGCCGCGCUGACGGCGGCCGGCCCGUCUGCGACAACGAGCGAAGCGUUGCGUCUCCUUGACCCUGCGCAGGUGCUGGUCGCCUACACUGGCCGCCGUUAG